AUGGUUGGCCGCCCCCCGAGCGCGAGGGCCAGGCCACGCCCCCCCGGCGCCCGGCUCCAGAUUCAGGGGCGCCCGAGGCCCCGCCCCUCCCGAGCCGCCGCGCUGUGGGGGUCCUUCCGGCCUCCUCAGGACGCAGGCGUCUCCCUUCGGGCGCCCCCGUUAGCCGUCGGCCCCCAAGGCCAGUCCCCGCCCACUUGCGGAGCUUCUGAAGCCCGUCCCCCUGGCCGGCGUUCCCGCCGCAGGCUAGACCCCGGGAACCCGAGGCCACCCCCUCUUCGGGAUCCUCGGAACCUGACCCCUCCCCUUUCCGAGCCGGGCGGCCUCGGCUCGGCAGAGUCCACGGCCCCGCCCCCCACCCGGACGCGACGGUUCGGGCGUCCUCGCCCGUUUCAGCAGUUCCCGCCCCGCGACCGAACCCCACACCCGGAGGCCUCGGCCGUCCGUUCUCCGCUCCCGCGGGCUCACCCCACUUGCCAGCGGCCAGUCCGCGUCGCUGCUCCCCUGCAGAUUGUCCCACCGUCCCCCGAGAGCACCACCUCGGGAACAGCUACUCGCAGUCCAGGCGGAGCCACCCCCUACGUAGCGCGCCACGCGCCCUCCUCCACCCACCGCCCCCGUGCCGACCCCCCUGCGCCGCUGUCGUCACCCCGCCACCUCGGCGGAGCGGGAAGUCCGGGGCCCGCCCCCGGGGAGCCCGGAGCCCCGCCUUCCUCCGAGCGCAAUGCUGCGGCCCCACCCCCUAGGCCUGUGCAGCCCCGGGCCCCGCCCACCUGA